CCCCCCACCCACCCACCCAGGAGUCUGCCCAUCGAGGCCCAAAUCUCGCUGCUGAAGGGGGCCACGCUGGGGAUCUGCCAGAUCCGCUUCAACACCGUCUUCAACGCCACCACCAAGGCGUGGGAGUGCGGCCAGCACUGCUACACCAUCCGCGACGGCGCCCUGGCUGGGUUCCAGCAGGUCUAUCUGGAGCCGCUGCUCAAGUUCCACGAGAGCCUGAGGCGGCUGCGCCUGCACGAGGCCGAGUACGCCCUGCUGCAGGCCAUGCUGCUCUUCUCCCCAGACCACGCCGACAUCGCCGAGCGCGACCGCAUCGACCAGUUCCAGGAGAAGGUGGCCCUGACCCUCAAGAGCUACAUCGACCACCGGCACCCCGAGGGCAGGUUCCUGUAUGCGAAGCUGCUGCUGCUGCUGACGGAGCUGCAGACGCUGAAGGUGGAGAACACGAGGCAGAUCCUGCACAUCCAGGACCUGUCGGCCAUGACCCCCCUGCUCUCCGAGAUCAUCAGCUGACACUCCCCCACCCCCCCGCCCCGAGGUCCCCAAGGGCCACCACGGGGGACAGAGUAAAGCUCCUUUAUUUAUCCAGACCCCGGAGCCAGCCCGUGUGUGUCGCUGCAGGGGGGGGGGACACUGAGGCACAGGCGGGCUGGCACG